GUUAACACUGCAGCUUUACUUCUUGCUCAGUGGAAAGCUAGCAAAAUUUCAAUUAAAGACGACAACAUUGCUCUCGUAAAGCGAUGGUUGCGUGUUACGUUCAUAUUGUUUCCUGUACUUGGAAUAACUUGGGUGUUUGGAUUCUUUUACGUUGGAAAACAUUUUGAAAUUGCUGGAUAUCUAUUCACUGUUUUCAACUCUUUUCAGGGUUUCCUUAUCUUUGUAUUUCACUGCUUAAUGGAUAAGAAGGCAAGAAAUAUGGUUAUAGCAUCUUUCAAAAAGAAGACUGCUUCUGUUAAUACAGGGAGCAGUGGGACUCAGAAGAAGUCUAAAGGUCUGCAAGUGUUUUUCGUGGAAAAAGCUGCAAAAGUUCCUUUACAAGAUAAAAAGGAUUUCAAGAACAUAUCUGAACUCAACAACUCAUCAGAGCUGACGAAAAGUAAUUUUCAGAAAAGAGACUGGAAAAAAUGGAAGAAACCAUGGUCAUUUUGUUUUGAUAUGCCUGUAUCAGAAAAUAAUAGCCAAGGUUCACCAGUCAAAGAUCCAUCCAAGGCAAUAGUUGUAUGUUUGAACAGUGUAAAUGGUAGAAAUUGUCAAUAG